GAGCACUUCCGUCUCGAGCCGGAAGCGCCGUGGCUAACGGGACAGGUCUCGGCGCGUGGGGAGUUGUUGGAGAGUUUAAGUGGCAGGACCGCGGCGCCGGUGAGAGUGAGCGUCUCCGGCACUUGCGUCCGGCUCGGCGAUGCUGACCCCCGCGUUCGACCUCAGCCAGGACCCGGACUUCCUGACCGUCGCCAUCCGCGUGCCCUACGCCCGGGUCUCCGAGUUCGACGUCUACUUCGAGGGGACCGACUUCAAGUUCUACGCCAAGCCGUACUUUCUCAGAUUAACGCUUCCUGGAAGAAUUGUUGAAAAUGGAAGUGAGCAAGGGUCCUAUGAUGCAGAUAAAGGAAUUUUUACCAUUCGAUUGCCCAAAGAAACUCCUGGCCAGCAUUUUGAGGGGCUGAACAUGUUAACUGCUCUUCUGGCACCAAGAAAAUCCAGGACAGCAAAACCACUUGUGGAAGAAAUAGGUACUCCUGAGAUUUCUGAGGAAGUAGAUGAUGAUGAUGAUGAUGAAGGGUUUGAUUGGGAAAUUGAACAGACACCCUAUGAAGAGGUAUCAGAAAGUGCUUUAAAUCCGCAGUGCCACUAUGGAUUUGGAAACUUACGAUCAGGAGUGGUUCAGCGGUUACAGGAUGAAUUGAGUGAUGUUAUUGAUAUUAAGGAUCCAGAUUUCACUCCUGCAGCCGAACGAAGGCAGAAACGCCUGGCUGCUGAGCUGGCCAAAUUUGAUCCUGAUCAUUAUCUAGCUGACUUUUUUGAAGAUGAGGCAGUUGAACAGAUUUUGAGGUAUAAUCCUUGGUGGACUGACACAUAUUCAAAAAUGAUGGCCCUUUUGGAAAAGAGUCAAGAGCAAGAAGAUCAUGCUGUGUUAGUGUCUUUUUCUGAAGAAGAGAAAUAUCAGCUACGAAAAUUUGUCAAUAAAUCUUAUCUGCUGGACAAGGAAGCCCGGAGUCAGGUGUACUACGGUUUGAUUGAUAUCCUUCUGGCAUAUUGCUAUGAAACUUGUGUCACUGAAGGAGAAAGGAAUGUUGAAUCUGCAUGGAAUAUCAGAAAACUGAGUUCAACACUGUGCUGGUUUGAGACUUGGAGUAAUGUUCAGGAGAUCAUGGUAUCUUUUGGAAGAAGAGUUUUGUGCUACCCACUUUAUCGCCAUUUCAAGCUGGUGAUGAAGGCCUACAAAGACACUAUAAAGAUACUGCAACUAGGUAAAAGUGCAAUUUUAAAGUGUCUCCUGGAUAUUCACAGAAUUUUUCAGGAAAAUGACCCAGCAUACAUUCUAAAUGAUCUCUACAUCUCAGACUACUGUGUGUGGAUUCAGAAAGCCAAGUCCAAAAAGUUGGCAGCUCUUGCAGAAGCCUUAAAGGAAGUCUCGCUUACAAAAGUCCAGCUGGGAUUGGAGCUGGAAGAACUGGAAGCAGCAGCACUUCUUGUCCAGGAGGAAGAAACUGCAUUAAAAGCAGCCCAUUCAGUUCUGGGGCAGCAGACACUUUGCUCCAGUUCGGAGGCAACUGAUGCGGAGGAAUCGGACAGCACCACUUCAUCUGGAACCUCAGACUCACACUCAGACUCAGACUCAGACUCGGGUUCAGAGCAAGACAAGCUCAAAGAGAGUCAGUGCGAGACAGUCGAUUCUUUGCUAGGUCCCUUUCUUGAGGAAAGCAGUGCUCUGCUUAUUGCUGAUGGUGGGGUGUGCAGGAACACAGCCGCCCAGAAGUCCGAUGUUAGUCCAGAGAAGCCGCCCGCCUCUUCCCGGGCUCUGGGCGUCUCUGGGCCUCUCAUAGAGGAGCUUGGGGAACAACUGAGGACUAUGGUGCAGGUUUCAGAGCCCAAGGGCACCACUGCUGUAAACCACAGCAAUAUGCAGGAAAGAGACAGCCAUAGUGCGCCGAGUAAUUGACUCUGUGUGGUUUUAUUCAUUGUCGAGGAUUAUGUCAGAGUUGGCUUUAUUUACUGAAUUAGAAUUUCUCAUUUUCACUUUGCACUUUUUCUUAGUACGUACAGUCAGCUCUCCAGAUUUGUGAAUUCCUCAUCCAUGGAUUCAAGCAACUACAGAUUGAAAAUAUUUAAGAAAAAAUUGCAUCUGUACUGAACAUGCACAGUCUUUUUUCCUUGUCAUUAUUCUCUAAACAGUACAGUGUAACACCUAUUUCCACAGCAUUUACCUUGUAUUUAGGUAUUGUAAGGAGUCUAGACAUGAUUUAAAGGAUACGAGAGGAUGUGCAUAGGUUAUUGCAAAUACUAUACCAGGGACUUGAGCAUCUGAGGAUUUUGGUAUCCGUGGGGUUCCUGGAACCAGUCCCCACAGACACUGAGGGGUGACUGUUCAACAUUGUUUUCCAGUGAGCUAAUGCUUAUACCUUUUGGUUUCCUUGUUGUUACUUUAAAGAUAAAGUUUAAAGUUCUAGAUGAUGAUAAUAGUUCUACUGCCAGAGUCUCUAGAACGUAGAGCCCAUUAAUACUUUUAUUGUAGCUUUACUGAGGCAUACUCAACACACAAUAGACUGCACAAAUUUAAGGUAUACAGUGUGAUAAAUGUUGACAUAUGUGUACACCAAGUGAAACCAUCACCACAACAAGGUAAUGAAUGUACCUAUCAUCCCCAACUGUCCCCUGUGCCACCUACCCCCAUUCCCCAGGCAACCACUGAUCUGCUUUCCAGCACUAUACGUUAGUUUGCAUUUCUUAGAAUUUUAUGUAAAUUGAAUCACUCAGUAUGCAUCCUUUUUUUAGUCAGGCUUAUUUUAUUCGGUAUAAUUAUUUUGAGAUUCACCCAUGUGGUAGCACGUGUUGGUUUUUUUUUCAUUGCUGAGUACUAUUUCAUUGAAUGGAUUUGUCCACUUACCUAUUGAUGGACAUUUGGGUUGUUUCCAGUUUGGGGCUGUUAUAAAUAAAGCCUUUAUGAGCAUCUGUGUACAA